AUUCAUUGUCCAGUCCCUUCAGAUGAGCUGUUAGAUGCAUUAUACAGAUCCCCCUUAGCCACACCAAUCCUUGGCUGAAACUGUGCUAACAAAAUCAAAAGAGAAAAUAAAUUAGUUCAGGAUUCAGCAGAGCAAUCUGAACUGUUCAGUUUUCCAUCAAAGAAAAGUAAGAGGUGGUGGGGGCAGAAGGUUUAUCUGGCGUCUGUUUUCCCCUUUCUUCUGGAGUUUUCUUUCUGUCGAUGACAUCACGGUUUUCGUUGAAGAAGAAUGGGAGUAAGGAGAAGAGUGUUUGCUUGGUUUUUUCUGCGAUUAAUCUGAUUUGUUGCAGGCUCCGUCACUGUAGCAGAAGUUAUGUUUCAGUGUUGUUUGAGAUAUGAGAGCUGAGAUUUCAGGUGGAGAUCAGAGGAAGGAUAAGAGGUGUAUCAGAAGAGGUGUAUCAGAAGUUUGUAUGAAUUGUCUACUAUUCAUCGUCAGUACAAGAGGUGUAUCAGAAGCCCUUGCUGCUGGAUUAUUGUCAGGUGAUUGUUGUUAUGUCAGUUAAUUUUCAGAGGUUUGGUAUGCACAAUAAUCCAGCUAUUUUGAUGUUGGCAAGCAUGAUUAUAUUUAUUUCUAUUUCGCUGUAAUCCUUUCUCAUUUGUAGCUGCCUAUAAAUACUUGUAUUGUGUUGUGUUGCUGGUGUUCUUAGUCUAAGCUGUUUUCUUUCUCAGCUGCCUCUAACCUCUUUGCUUUCUCUGUUUUCUGUAUAUCUCUAUAUCUCUAUCUCUAUAUUGCUUAUGGCUUUUACUGCUGGGCCUUUCCAUCCCCUUUGCAUUCUAAGAACUGGAAAGGAUACAUGGAAAGUUAAGGUUCGUGUUCUUCGUCAGUGGGAGAUGUUUCCUGUUGGUGAGCCUUCCAAACCAUAUGCGUUGAAUCUCGUCUUUGUUGAUUCAGAGGGUGUAAAAAUUGAAGCUUGCAUUAAGAAGAACUAUCUUACAAAGUUUAGGGGUGAAUUUUCAGAGGGUAAUGUGUACAAGAUAACUUAUUUUGGCAUUUAUGAAAACUCUGGUGGUUUUCGUGCUUCUGAACAUGAGCUGAAGAUUUUCUUCAAUCAGAGAACAAGAGUAGUGCUGGAACAUUGUGAUGUUAUUCCAACUCUUUGUUUAUCACUGAAGAACUCAACUUACAUUGAGGCAACAAUGGGGGAAUGUGAUUAUCUCAUUGAUUUUAUUGGGUUAGUUGCUGCCGUUUCAAGGGAGAAGCAGUAUGUUAAGUCUGGUAAAGUCACAAGGAAGAUUGAGCUUGACCUCAUUGAUGAAAAGGGAAUUGUCAGAUGUGCCCUAUUUGGUGAUUAUGUGGACAUUGUUCUCGAAUAUUUGGCUCUUGAACGGAAUGGAUUACCAGUGUUGGUUGUGCAGCUUGCUAAGAUAAAGUCAUUUAGGGGUGAUAUUGUUAUUCAGAAUGUGAUGAAUGGCACCAAACUUCUGUGGAAUCCUAAUAUUCCUGAAGCUGUUUCAUUUAGGAAUGGUUUGGUUGCGAAUGGAAUUGACUUUAAUGUUCCUAUUGGUGUUAUUGAGGGUGGUGUUCCAUAUGUUCCUCUUGAAGAAGACUUUUUAACAAUGUUUCCAAAGAAGAGUAUUAAAGAAUUGCAAUCUACAGCUGAGGAGGGUGUAUUCGUAGUAUUUGCUAAGGUUAGCGGUUUGCUUGAUGGGGAGAGGUGGUUUUAUCAAUCGUGCCGCUGUCACAAAGCUGUAACCAUUGAAGAUGAUAUGUAUUAUUGUGGAAGCUGCAAAACCUUUGUGCUUGAAGUUAUUCCAAGGUUCCGGAUUAAAGUUGAAGUUUGUGAGGGUGAAGAGACUGCCACAUUUGUUCUAUUUGACACUGAUAGUCAACAUAUAUUGCAAAAGAGCUGCAAGGAUUUAGUUGCUGUUUGGAAGGGCAAGGUUGUGGGUGAAUAUCCUGAUGCUAUCAAGGCGAUUGUUGGGAAUGAGUAUCUUUUUAAAGUUGAGAAGGAAUUUGAUCAUGGAGUGAAGUAUGAUGGUUCUUUUAAAGUGAAGAAGAUCUGUGAUAAUAUUGCUGUGAUUGAAAAGUUCAAGGACAAUAAUGCAGUUCAAACUCCUAAGAAGUUGAUCAGAGAAACAUUUGUUUCAAAAUGUGAUUCUGGAUCAAAUGAACGUUCAAUGGGUGACAAUAUAGCUGAUUCUUCUGCUGAACUAUCAGAAAUUGGACCAAGCACAGCUUCACUUGAUGAUAUAUCGCCAGUUGAAUGUUCUUCUGUGCUUUCUUCUGUUGGGAGUGAUAUUGGCCAUGUUGCAAGUGGACCGAGGGCUUCCAAAAGGAUGAGGAUAAGGAAUAUUAAGUACGAUGUUUAGUUGUCUACAUAGUUACGAAGCAGUAUGUGUUUCUUUCCAAUGGGCUUGAGCCAUGAACUCUUGUUUUUUGUACUACCCUGAAGAUGUUGUUUUAUAUGUAAGUGUAUUGUAUGUAUCACUCUAUGUCUUAGGUAAUUUGUUGUAUUCUCUACUGUGAUGUCAACCAAUCUUGGUUUGAACUUUUUGAAUUCUGAAUGUCAUGAUUAACUACUUGGUUAUGUGCUUUGGAUUAGUUUCAUCUGGACAAAUUCAUAAGUAUUUUGUUUAGCAACC